AGAAUGUUCAUGUGGUCAGUGUUAUUGGGCAGUUUUUUAUCACAGAGACCUGGCAGCUGAUAUUCUUGGAUCUCUGAGUUUCAGGAGUAUGCUUGUCUACACAGUAACUACAGGCAAGCCAAGGGUAUGCAACAUAACCCAGUUUUUUGUUUGUUUGGUUUUUUUUAAGAAGUGCGGGUGUCAAACAUGACAUUGUCGGGCAUGUGAUAUAUGUAUAUACUUAUGUUCAGAAAACUAACAAAAGUGUCCUGGUUCUCUGAUGCUAGAAGCGAAGUAAAAGGUUUCUACUGAGUGGGAUGACUGACUUAGAGAAAUUUCUGUCUUUGUCUGUAUGGGUGGUGUGUAUAAAAUACAAAACUCAAUUGAGCUGUAGACUUUUUCAAUUUAUAUACUAUAUGUACAUAAACACUGUCACAAGCUUUUCAAAAAAGAACAGUCUUAGUCUUCCUGUCUUUCCACAAGAGUUUCUCGGCCUUUGCUUAGGAACAGCAGUCCUACUAAUCACACAACUUGUCUCUGCUACAAAUCCUUUCCCACAGGAGAAGCUGCAGGCAGCUCUGCAGAAGCUGAUGGAAAAUGACGAAAGGUGUGAUGAAUGGUGGGAUGACCUUCAACUGCAGAGAACUGACUGGGAGAACCAAAUACAGAGUGAUGUAGAAAAUAUUCAGAUCGAAUUUAAAGGACUAAGAGAAAUCGUGGACUCCAAGGAGAAUGAGGAGCUGCAAAAGCUGAAGAAAGAGAAGGAAGAUGUAAUGAAAAAGCUGGACGAGUCUGAAAAAGAGCUAGGGGAGCAGAGGGAGUUGGUGAGAGACCUCAUCUCAGAUGUGGAACAUCAGUUGGAGCUCUCAACUAUGGAAAUGCUUCAGGAUGUAACUUCUGUCCUGACAAGGAGUCAGACCUUGACACUGACACAGCCACAAGCGGUCCCCCCAAAAAGAAGAAGAAAGUUCCAAGCUCCAGAUUUGAAAGGCAUGCUGCAAGCGAAUCAAGGGCUCAUGGAUGUCCAGCAAUACUGGGUUCAUAUCACUCUACAUGCAAAAAAACAUUCAGCCAUAACAAUUAACAAAGAAAAAGGACAAAUAAAAUUUAGAAGUUUCAAGAGUUGGAAUCUUGAAGUUUCUGAGACCUACCAUUUGGGUGUCCUGGGAUAUCCAGCUAUCUCCUCAGGGAAGCAUUACUGGGAAGUAGACGUGUCUAAAAGUGAUGCCUGGCUCCUCGGAUUAAAUGAUGGAAAACGUGCUCAACCUCAACUUCAUUCAAAGGAUGAAAUGGGCUUCUUAACAAAACAUCAUUCUAAUGUUAAACAAAAUGUAAUAUAUCAGCCUAAAUGUGGCUACUGGAUUAUAGGGAUGGAGAAUAUGUUUGAAUACAAUGCCUUUGAUGAGUGUUCUAUCACCCACAAUCCUAGUGUCCUGGCCCUUUAUCUGCCUAGUCCUCCCAGUCGUGUUGGAGUUUUCCUGGACCGGGAAGCUUGCACUCUCUCAUUUUAUGAUGUUUCUCACUAUGGAGCUCUCAUCUAUAGGUUCUAUGACCCUGCCUUCCCUGGUAAAGUCUACCCAUAUUUUAAUCCUAAGGAUUGUCCAGAGCCAAUAACAGUAUGCGGUCCACCCUCUUAAACCCACACCUAUACAGUGCAGUGCCCCCAUGUCUGGUGUAUCUCAUGUGCCAGAGCUCCCUGCAUCUUUCUAACUUCUUUUGUCUUGGGCCCUUUACUUUUAUGACCUUCACUUUUAACUAUAAACAGGUGUGGACUCAUUACCUUGAUCCAGUUGCUUUUCUAUUCACAAGAUGAUUAAGGUCAUUCACCCUUUCCCAUAUUCCCAAAGAAAAUGGCUGCUCCUUCACUAAGUGAGAGAGCCUCUGCUAACACCAUCUCUGUAGGAACACAGUCAAAAGAAUGACUCACAGCAAACAACAUCCGAGGAACCUGUAAGAGAGGUCCCAGAAAAAAAGAAAGAGGGCCUUUUACCUCAAGGACAUUUUGUUCUCUGGGUUGCUUUGGAAGUGAUUUUG